AUGAUUCCAAAACGAUUCCUUCAAGACAGAAAAAGAAAGGGUUUGGUGUCGCCGCCAGAGACCAAACAAAUUACGUGUUUGAACUUUGAAGCCUGGAACCUCGAGUUUAUUUACGAAAAUGCCAUUAAAACUUAUGUCGGGUUUAAUCUGGGCCCUGAACGCCAACCCAGGCCUGUCUUAGAUCAAAAUCAAGUAAGGCUGAAAACGUUCUCCACUGUUGGCUCAAUAAUAAUUUUUCAGAACACAUUUGGGACGGCUGGCGAGGCCGUUGCAAUAAGGGUAUCAGGAGACAGAAAUGCAUUCUAUGGAUGUAGGAUUCUCUCCUGGAUGAUGCUGGAAAGCAUUAUUGCAGCAACUUCUACAUUGAAGGAGCCACAGAUUUCAUAUGUGGAAAUGCUGCCUCCUUUUAUGAAGUGGAGGUACCAUUUGCAUUCCCUUUCAACAGUAAACGGGUCUAUCACUGGCACUGCUGAAAAUAGGAUUUCACCGUCAGAGAAUACUGGUUGCAAGAUCACUGGUAUUGUUGCUGCUCUCCUUCGAAGGCUACGGGGUGCUUAUUCUCUGGUAGUCUUUGCCCUGACAUAUACGUCCAGUGUGAUAGUCCCACAAGGAUGGGAUGACUUUUAA